GGUGGGAUUUCCUCUGAUAUUCUGAAGGGGGGAUGCUGCAUCAUGCACCUGUUUUAUCUUUUCUUUUGGUCAUCUGGCGCGAAUAUGUUUAAUUUUAGCCAUUGACAGUAAUACCAUCUAAACUGAAACUACCUGUUUUUACCAUACAUCCGAGGUUUGUUGGUCCAAUAUCCUUAGAGGAGGAUAAUAAUGUGGUGAUUUGCGGAGGGUGUAGCAGCCGCGUGAUACAGCAUCUUUGCAGGUGACACAUCAUCAUUCUCAUCCAUAGCGAAAGAAAGAGCAGCUCAAUAGGAAACAAUGGCGGACAAAAGUGACCUAAAAGCUGAGCUAGAACGCAAAAAGCAGCGCCUAGCUCAGAUCAGGGAGGAGAAGAAGAGGAAGGAAGAGGAGAGGAAGAAGAAAGAGGUAAGGAGGAAAAAAACAGAGACACAGCAGAAGGCUGAAGCUGCCCCAGUGGACUCUGACUUGGACCGGAAGCGCAGAGAGACUGAGGCUCUCCUACAGAGCAUCGGCAUCUCCCCAGAACCCCCACUAGUCCAUCCGCUGCAACCUUUAAUGUUGGAAACGUGUUAUUUUCAUUAUUUAGUCCCGAACCCCAUGUCCCCAUCCAAAUCAGUGAGCCGACACAGCACUCCCAGUGAGACGGGAAGCCAGGACUCAGCCGAUGGGGCCGCAGCCGGCAGGUAUAGGUCAGCGUUGUCUGGCGUUAGUAAGCAUCAGUCACAGGCUCAGAGCGACAGGACCCUGCAGUGGGACACUGACCCCUCUGUGCUGCAGCUGCAGGCUGACUCCGAGCUAGGGCGCAGGAUGCACAGACUGGGGGCGUCUAAGAUCACACAGGUGGACUUCCUACCCAGAGAGGUGGUGUCGUACUGCAAAGAGACUCAGACGCCCAUCACCCAUCUGUCUGAGGAGGAGGAAGAGGAGGAUGAAGAGAUCACAGAGCUGAAGCCUGGUCCAGAAUCUGACCAGCAGGAGGAGGAGGACAGCAAGGAGACGAAAGAGGGCUACCCCUGCAGGGAGCUGACAGAGGAAGAGAAGCAGAAGAUCCUCAAAUCGGAGGAGUUUCUCAGUUUCUUUGACUGCAGCAUCAGAGUGAUGGAGAGAGCCCUGGCCCAGGAAUCAGACAUCUUCUUCGACUACAGCGGACGAGACCUGGAUGACAAGGAGGGGGACUUACAAGGCGGGUCCAGUCUGUGCCUCAGUAGGCUGUUCUAUGACGAUCACUGGUCCAAACAUCGAGUCAUCACCUGUCUGGACUGGUCCCCUCAGUACUCAGAGCUGUUGGUGGCGUCCUACAACAACAAUGAGGAUGCUCCUCAUGAGCCUGACGGUGUAGCUCUGGUCUGGAACAUGAAGUUUAAGAAGAACACACCUGAGUAUGUCUUCCACUGCCAGUCUCCAGUGGUGUCGGUGGGCUUUGCCCGGUUCCAUCCUAACCUGGUGGUGGGGGGAACUUACUCUGGCCAGAUAGUCCUAUGGGACAACCGCAGCCACCGCAGGACUCCUGUACAGAGAACCCCCCUCUCAGCUGCAGCUCACACGCACCCGGUGUACUGUGUAAACGUGGUGGGAACCCAGAAUGCCAACAACCUGAUCACCGUGUCCACAGACGGCAGGAUGUGCUCCUGGAGCCUUGACAUGCUCUCUCAGCCCCAGGAGAGCAUGGAGCUGGUGUACAACAAGUCUAAACCGGUGGCUGUGACAGGCAUGGCGUUCCCCACUGGAGACGUCAAUAAUUAUGUGGUGGGGAGUGAGGAGGGAACCGUGUACACCGCAUCUAGACACGGCAGUAAGGCGGGCAUCUGUGAAAUGUUCGAGGGCCACCAUGGGCCCGUGACGGGCCUCAGCUGUCACAACGCCGUUGGCCCCGUAGACUUCUCCCACCUCUUCGUCACCUCGUCGUUCGACUGGACUGUCAAACUGUGGAGCACUAAGCACAAUAAACCCCUCUACUCCUUUGAGGACAACGCUGACUACGUCUAUGAUGUCAUGUGGUCCCCUGUGCACCCGGCUCUGUUUGCCGCCGUGGACGGGAUGGGCCGUCUGGAUCUGUGGAACCUCAAUAAUGACACAGAGGUCCCCACAGCGAGUGUAACUAUCGAGGGAGCCUGCGCCCUAAACAGGGUACGUUGGGGGUCGGGGGGCAAGGAGGUAGCCGUGGGUGACUCGGAGGGCCGUCUGUGGAUCUACGACGCAGGAGAGCUGGCAGUGCCCCACAGUGAGGACUGGGCACGCUUCACCCACACCCUGAUGGAGCUCAAAGCCAACCGGGCCGACGGCGAGGAGGAAGGGCCUGUGGAACUGACGCCAUAGGAUUGGAGAGAUCACCUACCGGGAUCACCAUCCAAGCAUCGACAGGCACAGUGGGCAGAUCACUAGAGGAUCCAGCCUAUCAGAAAGCUUUGUUCUCACACCUUUAUGACAUAAUUCCACACACCUAUCAAAGCAGCAGCAUGUGUUCUAGACCCCACCCCUUCAGUCUCUUUGCGACAGCUACUAUAUACAGCAGUGUGUCCAGGCUAGGACGUGCUUUCUCUCUGCUCUAUUUGCAUCACUGUUUGGGGGGGAUUACUUUUUUUGCAAUUUAUGUUAAUGUCGGAUAGUCGUAUGAGACUAACUAGAGAACUACUAGCUUCUUUUAAUGUAUUUUUUUGUUCAUUUUAUUAAUUGAUUGAUUUACUUAAUUUAUGUGGUCAGUUGUCAAACAUUGUUAUUGCUUAUAACCUAAAUGAACUCCAUAUCGAAUCAUAGAUCCUACUACAGUUGUGAAUCCCUAUGAAACUAGCAGUGAGAACUGUUAAGACAGGACCUACAGAACUCUAUAUUGUCAUGUUACAAAAGUGUCAUGUUCACAGUGCUUUCGUUGUGCUUUUUUCUGUAUCCAACCCCCUGCAUGCAUGCAACACAUUUAUGGGUUCCUACAGCUUCAUAGACAUGUCAUCAUAUGUUGUGGAUGUAUAUAACUGCUUUAUGUCAAUGUUAUAAGGGAAAGUGAAAGGGGGAUACCUAGUCAAUUGUGCAACUGAAUGCAUUCAACUGAAAUGUACAGGACUAUAAUGUACGUAUGUGAGGGUUAUUGCACUGUUCAAUGGCUACAGGCCUAAGCAACAAAUUCUGGUUUAGCACGUUGUUUAGUGUAAGUGCUACGUGAACUGUAAUGAACAAAAGAGACAUAUAUUGUAAUCUAGAGUCUGUGCCUGCUGUCUAUCGUGAUAUAUCCGCCAAUAAAUCAUGGCUGAAGAACUGUUA